GCGGCGGUUGCGGCCUACACUUCCGGUCGGCCCGGCCGUCCCGUAGUUCGUCCGCCGCCUCCGGGAAGCCUUCCGCCCCUGCCCCGCGACGGCCCAGGGAUCUCCCAGCGUUGGCGACGGGGGCCCGGACCCGCUCCGCAGACCGUGAGCCCGUCGUUGGGCAGGGACUGUCUCUAUCUGUUGCCGAAUUGUCCUCUCCAAGCGCUUAGUACAGUGCUCCGCACACAGUCUUUCUGGGGGAACCCCUCGCUCAGCCCGACAUGCAGUUAACACAUCAACUAGAGCUGUUUCCCGACUGUAAGGUGACCCUUCUCUUGUAUAACCACGUAAAAAACGCCGGCGAUUUAAGAAGAAUGGCGGUGGAGGGCUUGAUCGACGGAGCGUUACUGAAUCCUACGAUGAUUCUCGAUCCAUUUCAGGUACUGGUGGCAACGAACAAAGCGGUUCACCUCUCCAGGCUGGGGAAAUUGAAAACGAGAACGCUGCACACCGAAAUUAUUUUCAAUUUAUCUCCCAACAAAAACAUUUCAGAAGCUUUCAAAAAGUUUGGCAUCUCGGAUAGCGAUACGUCAGUUUUGGUGGUCUUGGUUGAAGAGGGAGAGAAGGAAACGGAUCGCGAAGGCCUCGCGUCCAGAGUAGAAGGUCAGCAAGUGUCUCUGGAGAAGCUCCCCGAAAUAACGGACGUCUCAGAAGUCAAAAAGGUGUACAAGCUUACUCCCCAAGAGGAAAAGAUUGGAACGUUAUUGGAUGGCGUCAUUUGCAGAAUGGCGACAAAAGAUGUUUUGUAAGAAUAAAAUCGUUUCCAAGAAA